AAAGGAACUUACAUGAGUCUCCAGAGGGAUAGAGACAUAUAGGCAGAUAUCAUGGGCUGUAUAAAAAGUAAGGAAGACAAAGGACCAUCCAUCAAGUACAGAACAGAGCCCAAGCCUGAUCCAGGAAGCCAAUAUGGGGCUGACCCAACACAAGCAACACAGUCUCCUGGAAUUAAAGGACCAGCACCCAAUUUUAAUAGUCAUUCCAUGACACCAUUUGGGGGUUCUUCAGGAAUAACCCCUUUUGGAGGAGCAUCAUCCAUCUUUUCACCAACACCAGUCCCUUACCCUGGGGGAUUAACAGGUGGCGUUACAGUUUUUGUGGCCUUAUAUGAUUAUGAAGCUAGAACAACAGAAGAUCUUUCUUUUAGAAAAGGUGAAAGGUUCCAGAUAAUAAACAACACGGAGGGUGACUGGUGGGAAGCAAGAUCAAUAGCCACUGGAAAAACUGGUUACAUACCCAGCAACUAUGUAGCUCCUGCUGACUCGAUACAAGCAGAAGAAUGGUAUUUUGGCAAAAUGGGAAGAAAAGAUGCAGAAAGAUUACUCUUAAACCCAGGGAACCAAAGAGGAACAUUUUUAGUGCGAGAAAGUGAAACCACUAAAGGAGCCUACUCUCUUUCCAUCCGUGACUGGGAUGAAGUGAGGGGUGAUAAUGUGAAACACUAUAAAAUCAGGAAACUUGAUAAUGGAGGAUACUACAUUACAACAAGAGCACAGUUUGAAUCUCUUCAGAAACUGGUUAAACACUACUCUGAGCAUGCUGAUGGAUUGUGCUAUAGAUUGACCACAGUAUGCCCAACUGUAAAGCCACAAACCCAAGGACUAGCUAAGGAUGCUUGGGAAAUACCUCGAGAAUCUUUGCGGCUUGAUGUUAAAUUGGGCCAAGGAUGCUUUGGUGAAGUCUGGAUAGGAACCUGGAAUGGAACAACAAAGGUAGCAAUCAAAACGCUAAAACCAGGAACAAUGAUGCCUGAAGCUUUCUUACAAGAAGCACAAAUCAUGAAAAAACUCAGGCAUGACAAAUUAGUCCCCCUUUAUGCUGUUGUGUCAGAAGAGCCAAUCUACAUUGUUACUGAAUACAUGAUCAAGGGUAGUCUACUGGACUUUCUUAAAGAAGGAGAUGGAAAGUAUUUAAAACUGCCACAACUGGUUGACAUGGCCGCACAGAUUGCAGAUGGCAUGGCUUAUAUAGAAAGGAUGAAUUAUAUUCACAGAGACCUCAGGGCUGCUAAUAUACUUGUUGGAGACAAUCUUGUAUGUAAAAUUGCUGACUUUGGUUUGGCAAGAUUAAUAGAAGACAAUGAAUACACAGCAAGACAAGGAGCAAAAUUUCCAAUCAAAUGGACUGCACCUGAGGCUGCAUUAUAUGGUCGAUUUACCAUAAAAUCUGAUGUAUGGUCAUUUGGAAUACUCCUAACUGAGCUGGUCACCAAAGGGAGAGUUCCUUAUCCAGGCAUGGUAAACCGGGAAGUUCUGGAGCAGGUAGAGCGGGGCUACAGAAUGCCUUGCCCUCAGGGCUGCCCAGAAUCCCUUCACGAGUUAAUGAAGUUGUGCUGGAAGAAGGACCCUGAUGAAAGACCAACCUUUGAAUAUAUUCAGUCAUUUUUAGAAGACUACUUUACUGCAACAGAACCACAGUACCAGCCUGGGGACAAUCUAUAAGUGUAAAAACUAAGCAAGAAAAGUGAAAUGUACAAUUCUGCCAAAAGUACAGAGACUUUCUUAACACUAGCUCUUGCUAAUGGGAAAUGGAAAAAGAGAACAUUCAGUAUAUCUUUGCAUGUCAAUGGCAAACUGGAAGCCCAGAGUACCAUUGCACAAGACCACUUUUAAAGUAUUGUAAUCUUAAUGGACUAUGUGAUUGGUAUAAAACCUAGAAGAAUUAAUAGCUAUCCCACAGUUCUAAUCCCUGAGAUUGUUUCAGGGUUACAGACGAGUUUAACAGUGGGACCAAACAUUUCAUUCCUGUAUAAUGCAUCUUUUCCAUUUAAUCCAAUCAUGGCAAAGAAUAAUGUAUUUACUCUUGUCUUCUAAAUAUAGAGCAGGUCCCACAGGCAGUUAAGCAUUAGGGAUUAUUAAACUGCUAUUGGUCACUGAGUUGAUCAAGGUCUAUAAAAAUCUUACAAGUCACUUGUUGUAAUUGACAUACAAGUAAUAUCAUUUUACUUAAUAUAUCUAAAUCUUUUAUUUUUCUCUCAUUAUGCAGUUUGGAGUGCAUGUAUGGGUUCUGUUCUUAUAGAAAUCUUUUUUUCCCAGGUAAUAGAACUUAUACCGGUAAGAAUCUUCAUUAACUGCAAAAAAAUGUGCUUUGAUCUUGAUUUUUGGUCAUUAAAGACUCCAGUUUGUACAAUCAUGAUGCCAAGAUAUCGGUUGCCACUUGAAUGAUAGCACUUUGCUUUUCUUUGGGAAUUAAAGAGCGCGUAUUAGGAGAAAGGUGGUUCUUACAAUGUGAAUGCUUUGAAUACAGACACUCUAAACAAGUUUACCUAACCUGAUUCUGGGCAGUGGCACAAGCCCGUUGUGGUUAUUAGUAGCACAUACACACAAGGGCCAAUCCAUUACAAUUGCUAUUUCCCCUUAUGGAGAAUCGCAUAAAUGUCCAAUCCUGGUGGAGCACAUGGGCUUGCACUUUUAUGCAAAACACCUAAAAGUCCCCAGUGUGCCAUUGCACAGGGUCUUUAACUGAACAUAUUGCAUAUAGACAAUUCAUGUGUCCAUCACAACUUGUAAUUAUUAACCACUGCAUUUAACGAGUAUGGAAGUGCUACAAAGAUAUGAUGGUGUAUGGGGUAUACUACUUUCCUUUCCAAUACAUUUUUUUGGUUUCAUAGAAAAUGAGCAAAAACUGAUUUUCGAGGUGGUGCCAUUGUUCUACAUCACUACUUUUCUUUCAACAGAUGAGUUGUUUUAAAGGGCUUUAUAUUUAAAAAAAAAAAAACUAUGGAAGUGUAUCUUUUCUAAAUCUUUUCAAGCCAAUUUAACGCUGUACGUUUGUUUACUAAACAGGAGGGCAGAAAGCGUGGCGUGCGGCGGUUUUGGCGCCACUCAUGUUUUCAUUAUUACUUCAAAACUAUGUAAUAACGUUUGUACAGUAAAGAAUUAAAACACUAAUGA